GCAGCGUAUACAUCCGAGCUUACAAAGUUUUAAAAAUGUUAUACAGAUUUCUGGGAAUAUAAAUAUUUGUACUUUCUUACAGCGGAAUAUUAUGGUAAACUGACAAAAACCGUCAAUAGGGUUUUUCUAUGAGUUAUAAUUUUGUCGGCGAAAACGUCACUUUCAACAAACAAGCAUAGAUGAGUAGAUGUAAACAAAGCGAUAUGGAUGAUUUUAUGGAUGCAAGUACACAAACAACGACCACUGACGUCAUAACAGCACCAGACCUGUGCAAGCAGAUCGUCAAGUGUGUAGCGAACAUGUGGACAGACCAGACGAUGUUUGACUUUACCGUCAAAACGGGUGACGAGACAAUCCCCUGCCAUCGUUUCGUCCUCGCCGCCUGUUCCGACUUUUUCCAGGGACUUUUCCGCUCUGGGAUGAGGGAGGUCACCGAGAACUGUGUUGUGCUGGACGAUAUUUCAAGCGAUGUGUUUCAUAUCAUUCUGGAAACUUUAUACACAGGAGCAAAUUUGUUGACUUUAGAAAAUGUUUUUGAAGUUUGGCGGGCAGUUCACCAGUUGCAGAUACAAUUUAUGAUACAUUCUUGUGAGGAUUUUGCUAUUGAAGCAAACACAUUAGAAAUGUGGGGGAAAAUUUACACUAAUGCUAAUUUUUUAGAUUCAGAGAAAGUUCUUGGUUACCUCUAUCCAUUCAUGCUAAAAAACUUUGAAAAAAUAAGUCUGACGCCCGCGUUCCUGCAACUGUCUUUUGAGGAACUUAAAGCUUUGAUAAGAAGCCAAGAUCUCGUUGUCGGUAAAGAAGAUUCGGUUCUUGAAGCUGUGAUACGAUGGGUUAGUUUUGUUCCUAUAGUGAUGGCUGAGUUUAAAGACAGUAACUGUGCAUUGAAUGCUGAAGUUUGCCGAGAGGAGAAUUCCAGCAUUAUUAACAGCACUUUACCAGAAUCUAACGUUAAAACUGAACUUAUUAAAAAUGUGAAAAUCUCUCGAAAAGAUAAACUUACAGAACUGUUAAAAAAAGUUAGAACAUGUCUUGUGAGUCCUUCACUGCUAUCCCACGUCUACAACAUGAAAUUGAUAUCUGAAAAUAAAGAUUCAAGGGAUAUAAUCGUCAAAGCUUUAUUAUAUCAAGUCGAAGAACUCAGACAAACUCACUGGCCUUCUUCUGCCCUGCAUAGAUCUUGUAGUGGGUACACCCACGGCGGAUUGUUUGUUGAGGAAAGAGGGACGUUCAAAUUCAUAAGCGCAGACGAAGAAAAGAUAUACGAACUCUCAAAAGGUAUGUGGCUGCGAUACAAUAUUCAGUUAGCCCCUGUCAGAGAUGAGAUAUAUUGUAUAGGCAGAUACCAGUACAACCCCUCGGGGGUGUUCACAUAUUACGUAUUUUCUAAAAAUGAAUGGAACUAUGUAAUGACAGUGCCGAUUCAAAAUAUGCUGUUUUUUUCACAUAGGGAUUUACUUUACAUUUUAGACAAGGAUAACCGAUCGAUUCACCACAGAAAGCCAAAAGAUAAUCAAAGCGGUUUAGAGGUCCUCACAAAAUUUACAGGCGAUGUUAACGUUACGCUUGCUGUCACUAUAGAAGACUGUAUUUUAUUAUUUUGUUCAGAAACUCAGAACGGGUUAGACGAGACAGCAGUUCUCCAUUAUGAUAUUGUGUCCAAAGUUUGGACCAGAUUAGACAAUCUUGAAGGACCAGCUGAACAUUUAAUUAGCUUCAAGAACGACACACACACCUACAUUUUACAAACCAACGGCUGUAUGCUGGAGGUUCUUUACUCGAUGUACACUAGAGAUUUCGAGUUCAAAUUCCUUGCUAAACUUUGGACUGCCCAAAAGAAGCUGUACGGUGCGCUGACCUAUAAAAACAAAUUGAUUAUUUUUGGAAAGACCUUGAGUGAUGACCCGGCUAAAGUGCCAGACCUAACGGAAGUUUCCAAUCACUUUAAACACAUCAAGUACAUGGAAAUAGUCCGGAAAUGCUCCAAUGUUGCUUCUGUCGUUCUGCCAACAUCUUCUCUCCGUCAGGGUAUCUACUACACAUAAGUGUCAAAACAUGCAUUGAUAAAUA